GAAACCCUAAUUCUAAAUUAUCUAACAACCCGAAAUCCCCUUUCUUUCAGCAGCCACCGAUGGGCAGGCGACGCGGCAGCGGCGGCAGCUCUGUAAAACUGCAUUCGAACAAUGACCGAAUUCUCCGCCGCCACAUUGAAUCCGCCGGGAAAAGCUACUCGACCGUCGACGAGCUGGUGGACCACCUCCGCUCCUCCUACCCGCACUACUCCCGCCACAAGCUCCGGCCGUUCACGAAGCAUGUGGAAAGAGUAAUUGCGAUUCACGGCAAAAGCAACGCCGACACUGACCAGUCAAACGACGACGGCGAUACUCCGAUCGUGAUCAAACGAAGGAAGUUAGACGAUAAAGAGGAGAAGCUGCAGCAAAUUGAAGCGGAGCACUUGAGGCGUCGGAGCGGCGACACGAUCGACGGCUGCUCAUCGUCCUCGCUGGCGUCGUCUGACUCUUCCGAAGGCGGCGGUUCUUCUGAUGAGGAGGCGUCGACGUCGUCCGAGGACGCCGUGUAUGGGGAGAAGGUCGAGCCAGAGUUUGAUUUGAUGAAGUCGAUGUUGAGAGAGGGUUUGCGUCGGAAAUCGGAGAAACUUGGGGUGGGAAGAGCUGUUAGUAAGGAGUCUGUUGAGGUGGAAGUGGUGGAUAACAAGGGUGUGAAGGAGUUGAGUUUGAUGAAUGAGGAAUCUAAAUUAGGUCACGAUGUUAAUAGGAAUGAUAGCAAAAAUGUGAAUAAAAAUCAGAGCAAUGAGAAUGUGAUUAUUGGACCAAUGUUUAAGGAUUUAGGUGGGAUUAGUGAAGUAAUUGAGGAAUUGAAGAUGGAGGUCAUCGUGCCGUUGUAUCAUCCAAAGCUAGCUCACCACCUCGGGGUGAAGCCCAUGGGUGGGAUUUUAUUGCACGGGCCACCGGGGUGUGGGAAAACGAAGUUGGCUCAUGCCAUUGCUAACGAGACGGGAGUGCCAUUUUACAAAAUUGGUGCCACUGAACUGGUGUCGGGAGUUUCUGGUGAAUCGGAAGGGAACAUAAGAGAGUUAUUCGGAAAAGCAUACAGGACGGCACCGUCUAUAGUUUUCAUUGAUGAAAUUGAUGCAAUUGCUUCAAAAAGGGAUAAUUCGCAGAGGGAAAUGGAGAAACGCAUCGUGACACAGUUGUUGACUAGCAUGGAUGAGUUACACGUGCCUGUAGAACCUACUGCCAAUGAUGCGAGUUCUGCAAGCUCUAAUAGCACACCAGGCUAUGUACUUGUGAUUGGAGCCACGAAUAGACCAGACGCCGUGGACCCUGCUUUGAGGAGGCCUGGACGAUUUGAUCGUGAAAUUGCAUUAGGAGUUCCUAAUGAAGCUGCCCGGAUUGAAAUACUCUCCAUGCUUACAAAGAAUAUUAGAGUUGAAGGUGCUAUAGAUAUUCAGAAAAUAGCUAGAUUGACGCCAGGUUUUGCUGGAGCAGAUUUGACAGCCCUAGCUCACAAGGCUGGUAACCUUGCAAUGAAGAGAAUUAUAGACACGAGAAAGGAUGAGCUGUCCAUAGAAGAGAAGGACGAGGAUCAUAGCGAAGAAUGGCUGAAGCGGCCGUGGUCAGAUGAUGAAAUGGAGAAUCUCUAUAUAACCAUGGCUGAUUUUGAGGAAGCCGCUAAAAUGAUCCAACCUUCUUCGAGAAGAGAAGGGUUUUCUGACAUACCGAAUGUGAAGUGGGAUGAUGUUGGCGGCCUGCAUUUGCUUAGAAAGGAGUUUGACCGUCAUAUAGUUAGACGUAUAAAGUUUCCUGAUGCUUAUGCGGAUUUUGGGGUAAACUUAGCAACUGGAUUUUUGCUUUACGGUCCUCCUGGCUGCGGAAAGACGUUGAUUGCCAAGGCUGUGGCUAAUGAAGCGGGAGCCAAUUUUAUACACAUUAAGGGUCCUGAACUCUUGAGUAAAUAUGUGGGUGAAACCGAGUUGGCAGUCCGCACAUUAUUCAGUCGAGCAAGGACAUGUUCUCCAUGCAUAAUUUUCUUCGAUGAGGUGGAUGCAUUGACAACCAAGCGUGGUCAGCAAGGGGGAUGGGUCGUUGAGCGACCCCUGAACCAGCUGCUGAUAGAACUGGAUGGCUCAGAACAGAGAAGGGGUGUUUAUGUAAUCGGUGCUACAAAUAGGCCCGAAGUGAUGGAUGAUGCAAUGCUCCGACCAGGAAGGUUCGGAAAGAUUAUGUAUGUUCCCCUCCCUAGUCCAGACGAACGAGGAAUGAUCUUAAAAGCCCUUGCUCGGAAUAAGCCAGUUGAUGCCAAUUUGGACCUCAUGGGUCUAGCCAAGGACAGUGGAUGUGACAAAUUUAGUGGCGCUGAUCUCUCCGCUCUGAUGGACGAAGCUGCUAUGAUUGCGCUAGAAGAUAAACUAUCAUCAAUGGAUACAAGUAGUAGCACACAGUGGACGAUCAAAGAGACACAUUUCAUGAGCGCAUUGAAGAAAAUCUCGCCGUCUGUGUCGGACGAGCAAAUACAAGAAUACAAGGGUUUUUUGAAAAAAUUCAAGUCUCAAUGAGAAUCCUUCAAUCCUCUCCUUUGAAGGGGAGACUCUUUUUGCAGCAGCAGAGGUUUGGUGUUAUUUUUAUAGAGAAUCAUUUUUGCAUUUAUUUAGGAAAAAAGAUAUAUAUUUAUAGUAAGGUUAAGUUGAUGAUGAACCCCGGAGUUUUGUAACGGGAUUUUGGCGGAGUAUGGAAGUUGCCAUGUGGCCGCCCUGGCCUGCAGGCAAUCAUCCACUUAUUCGGUGUCUUCGAGCUGUAUGUGGCAUAAUUAUGCUAUUUGAUAAACAAUAUUACUAUGUCCAUAUGUUACUCUUUCGGCUUCA